AUGUACUCCUACACUCCCACCCACAAGUUCCUCGUUCUGGCCCCUAUCCAGUCUGGCCCUCUCUCCGUCGCUGCCGACCAGCCUGAACUUGCGAGCCAGGCAUCCUCGACUCGUGAGCGUUCCAGCAGUCAAUCCUCGACUACUUCGACCGGGUCCCCGCUGGGUGCCGUCUCUCCUCUGCCCAGUGGCUUCUUGUACCUCGGACACGAUGCCGUUAUUGAGAUACUCCGUCGCAAGAAAGCAGUUCUGCAUGUCGAUCGCGAUAUGGCUUUCUUCGACUAG